CCUUUUACAUUUGCUUUGCACAGUGUAAAAAUCAAUUUAUGCUUCAAGUUAAGAGAUGACAGUUUAGUUUAUGCUUAUUUUAUUUUUGGAUCACUGCUGAUGAAAGCUAUGAUGAGCUCUAAUGAAAAAUACGAUUACAUCGGAUAAGAGGUCCCGUGGGUCUGAAAGCAUCGCUGUGUGAAAUUAUACACCCUCUUCCUCAUGUCUUGCUUACUGGCACCACGCCAAAACACCCAGCGAAAGGUACACCUAUACCCCUCACCUCAGCCCUCUCUCACUUUAUCUCACUUGUUUACCAAAAUCCUCCCAAUAGAAAUGUAUCUCACUUAUGCUUUACCCCUCCCUCCUUAACCCCCCCUCUCUCUCACACACACUCUCUCUCUCUCCUUCUGUAACCUCAAACUCACUCGCUGGUUGCAGUGAUGAGUCUAUUAUGCAAAGAUCUCAUUGUCCUCCUCAAGAGCUCCGUUGUUGGGCAUUGAUGGUCAGGACGCCGCUUGGGGUCCGCAGAUGGGGGCCUUUAGUGAUUUGUGAGGAGGAAGUCAGAGGUCAUGAUUGACUGGCACAAUGGGACGGUGCCCAGUCCCCAGGAGGACGAACACAGCAUUGAGGAGCGAUCAAAGUGUGUGCUGUCUUACUUUCCUGUCAUCUACUACAGUGUUCUCUUGUGUGUUGGAGUCCCAGUGAACAUCCUGACAUUAGUGGCUCUCUCCCGACUGGCUGUUCGGACCCAGAAAUCGCUCUAUGUGUAUCUUUUGGCUCUAACUGGCUCGGACAUCCUCAGCCAGCUCUUCAUCAUCUUCGUGGGCUUCCUCCUGGAAACGGCCGUGUUCCAUCGAGACGUCCCUGUGCUGCUGCUCCGGUCCGUCAGCAUGCUGGAGUUUGCCGCUAACCAUGCCUCCAUCUGGGCCACCGUACCUCUUACGGUAGACCGCUACGUUGCUCUGUGUCACCCGCUGCUUCACCGGCAGAUCAGCUACCCGGCACGGGCCCGACGGAUCAUUGCAGUGGUGCUCACGUUAGCUUUGGCAUCCGGUGUGCCGUUCUUCUGGUGGUCGGACAUGUGGAGGGUAGGCCAUCCACCUAACUCAUUGGACACCGCCCUGAUUUGGAGCCAUGUGACUAUUAUUUACUUUCUUCCAUGCAGCAUCUUCCUGAUGCUAAACUCGUUGAUCAUCCUAAAGCUUCGGAAUAGACAGAGGAAGCACAUGUGCCAAGAGGACGUUGGGCAGCAGCUGGCAUUGCCAGGCAAGCUGGGUAAAACCACAGCUAUGCUGUUAGCCGUGACUUCUGUGUUUGCCGUGCUAUGGGCACCUCGUACCGGAGUGGUGCUCUAUCAUCUCUACGUGUCAUCGGUGUACAGAGACUGGCGCGUGCAUCUCGCCUACGACAUAGCCAACAUGAUAGCCAUGCUAAACACAGCUGUGAAUUUCUUUCUGUACUGUUUUGUCAGUAAGCCAUUCAGAGCAGCGGUAAGGGACGUUGUGAUGUUUCGAGGGGCCCCGUUGCACCCUCGCCGGCCCCUGCAUCACCAGCGCAGCCCCGCCAAUGCUUCCACCUCAUCGAUUUCAAGCGGCCUCAAACGUUCACAGAGGGAGGUCGCCCCUCUCUCUCCCAAAAGUGCAGACAUCACCACGUAGUUCUACUUGUCACCAACAAAACUAUGGUUCCGUUUCCAAAAAUAGGUUGAGUAGUGUUUAAAUCAAUUUCUUUUCAUCAGAAAAAAAGAUUUUGCCAUGAGAGUGAGACAACUACAUGUCACUUAAGGUGCAUAUUAAAUGGGAGAUCAUAUACUCUGAUGAAGAAUAUAUAAUGUAUAUUCUCAAAUAAGUAUAUAAUAAUAUAAUAAUUCAAUCAUUAUGUUGCCAGAAAGGCAACUUUUUUAAAUAAAUUAAUCGUCAUUAUAAAUUAUGGUCAGUGUAACGUUAAGUUCAAGUGAGCUUUUUUGGCAUUCCACUAUAUGACAUACAAAAGGAAAAAAUUUUAUGCCUCAUAAGACCAAGGUGCUACACAUUUAACACUUAUAAACUUACACACAGCUAACUUAAUGAAAGAGGUAAUUUAACUAAAUAUAUUAACACUUUACAUGACCAUAAUGGGUUGCCACCUAAUACAAAGAACAGAAUAUCCCAUGCUAUCUCACACAAAUUCGUACAUAUUUUACAAGUUGGCUAAUUCGUAUUAAAGGGCCAUUCCACUUUUUUAAAUAAUAAACUAAUUUUCCAGCUCCCCUAGAGUUAAACAUUUGAUUUUUACAU